GCCAGUUUUCAAGAUGGGACCAACUAGCUCGCAAAUUUAUAGUUUAAUCACAAAGUUUACGGCUCUCAAUGGACUCAAUACUUACUAUUUUAAUGCGCAGAAGAAUGGAUUUAGGGGCACCUUGGAGCUGAAGAUAUACUGCCUGAUACACCACAUUCUCUGUGUUUUGGCCUUGGGAUGGAUGCUUUAUAUGACCGCCGGUAAUAUGAGGAUUUGUGUGACUGUUCUUACGAUGGGUGGAACUUCGGCCUUCUGCAUGCAGUUCUGUUGGCAAAAAACCCAGGGCAUAAGAAAAUUGGCCAAUGGACUAAUCAAGAUGGAGCAGAGAUAUUUCACUGGAAAACCAAGCGGAUCUCUUUUGAAGUACCGAUUUUACAUGAAAAUCGUCUUUGCUUCACUAACCCUGCUGCGCAUUCAUCUAUUUUAUCCCAUUUAUCUGAAGAGACUGUUACCAUCUUACUUUUAUCUGAAUUUGGUAUCUUGUUGGCUGGUCUACAACAUGCUUUUGGCAGCUGUUCUUGUUCUGUACGUGUUUCUUUGGCAAAUAAGUCGCAUUCAAAAGCUUAUAAAUGAGCAAAUGGAACUGAUAUUAAACAGAUCGAGACAGAGAAAUCGCUUAAAGAAAAUGCUACACUGCCUUAAACUGUAUUCAAAACUUCUGGUGCUAAGCGAUCAGGUAAAUUUUGAAUUUGGAUAUAUUUCGGUGUGCGUUCUGGCCUGCAAAAGUUGGUUGCAAAUUACCUACGGCUACGAGAUAUUCCAGAUACUGGCUGCCCCAAAGUCCAUCGAUACAAGUGUGGCAAUGAGAGUGUUUGUAAUACUCAGCUACAUUUUGGAUGCAUUCAAUCUUUUUGUUGGAACAGACAUUGCUGAUAUCUUCACCAAUUAUAGAGCUGACUCGCAGCGGAUUUUACGCGAGACAAAUCGCAUGGAACGAUUGGUCUCCAUGUUCACCUUGAAGCUGGCCCUAUAUCCCAAGCAGGUCGUCUUUCUCAACGUGUUUACUUUGGACCGAAAGCUGACUCUGGCGCUUAUGGCCAAGUCGACGUUGUACACAAUCUGCUGGCUGCAAGGCGACUACAACAAACUAAAGGCAUAGACCGUCGAAUCCGCAUUCAAAGCAAAUCCUCCGGUUCUAAGAGUUUAUUAUACGAGGCACAUGAGUUUGUCUGGACUACGGACACAAAGCAAAAAACCAAGGCACAUGCACAACUUGAACCGAACCAAACAAACAUUUACAUAUAUGUGUAUUCAGUAAAUAUAUAAUGGAAAAAUCAACGACAAUGCAUCCAAAUUCAGAGCCACAAACCAAGGAGCUGUGCACAAUGACGAUUGGUUGGGUGAUGAUGAUGAUGGUGAGGAAGGAUUGGCUAAGGUUGCACAAUAGCUGACUAAAAUGUAGGUAUUGUAUGAUGGAUUCGAAUAUAACACUACCCAGUGCGA